AUGGCUCCUAAUCAAGAGACUGGAAUGGCAGCUGAUGCCAUCACUCCUGCUGUACCCCUGGAUCUAGAAAUGACAUCAAUGCAACUGACAACGACGGUCAAGCGGGACGAGGACCCAUUUCUCGUCACCUUCAAACCGAAUUAUGACGAAGAGAACCCCCUGGACUGGCCUAAGGGUCGAAAAUGGGCUGUCACUGAUACGCUUUCAGCAACGGGCUUCAAUCGGAUCAUGGUCUCGACAAUCAUGGCGCCUGCGCUAUCUACUAUCAAGGAAGAACUGCAUAUGAGCACCGCCGAGUCAGCAAUGGCUUUAUCAAUCUAUCUAUUGGCAACAGCCUUUGGGCCGCUGAUCAUUGGGCCUCUGUCGGAGAUCUAUGGCCGCAAGAAGAUCAUGCACGCCUCGAACAUUUGGUUUCUCAUAUGGAACAUCGCGUGCGGCUUUGCAAACACCAAAGAGCUACUCAUCGCUUCAAGGUUUCUCGCAGGCUUCGGGGCCAGUGCAAUCUAUGCACUUGCGGGAGGAGUGCUAGGCGAUGUCUGGAAACCCGAGGAGCGAGGACGCGGCUUAAGAAACUUCAACAUGAUUCCGACGCUUGGGUCCGCUGUAGGGCCUAUUAUUGGAGGCUUUAUGGCUGGUCGGACGACAUGGAGGUGGAUGUUCUGGUCAGCCAGCAUAUUCCAGGUCGUUAUGAUUGCUGUGUCAUUUACGACGACAUACGAGACAUAUGCUCCCCUCAUACUGAAAAGGCGAGCAGAGCGGCUACGAUGUGAGACCGGCAAUGAUCGUUACUAUACCGUCUAUGAACGCCUCGAACAGAAGAAAUCCGUCUUCUUGGUCGUGACAAGGACCCUGAGCCGCCCUCUACGCCUCCUGAUCUUCCACCCGAUUCUCCAAGUCACCUCGCUCAUCUUGGCUUUCAAUUACGGUAUCCUCUACAUCGUCCUGUCCAGCUUCGCCGAUCUCUGGAUGCAGCAGUACGGCCAGUCCGUGGAGAUCAGCGGCCUACACUACAUCGCCUGCGCCUUUGGCGAGCUGGCAGGCUCACUCCUCGGCGGCCCGCUCAUGGACUGGCUGUUCCGCCGAAUGCUUGCCCGGUCCGCAGACGGCGAGCACACGCCCGAGUUCCGCAUCCCCAUGACCUUCCCAGGCGCAUUCCUGAUCCCGCUCGGGCUGCUCGUCUACGGCUGGACAGCGCAGUUCCGCACGCACUGGAUCGCCGUGGAUAUUGGCGUCUUCGUCAUCAUGUUCGGAUUCCAGAUCUCGCAGCUGCCUAUGCAGGCAUAUGUGAUGGAAGCAUAUCCCGAGCACACGAGCAGUGCACUGGCGGCAUCGCAGUUCUUGCGAAGCUUGACGGCAUUCUUGUUCCCGCUGUUUGCGCCUAGUAUUUGA